GAUAAGUAGAGUGCUACUCAUCUCUUAAAAGCAGUUUACUUCCACAUAUUUUUCUUUGAUGGCUGCUGAAAAGGCCUGGAAAUCCCAAAUCUGCAAGACCAAAUGAAAAAUCCCUCCAUUCCUUUACACUGUCUCUUGGUGAAUUGUCCUUCCUUCUGGUGACAGUUAAAGCCCGAUCCUGAGCCUUGCUGCGAGCUCUCAUCUCUUUUGGAGCCACUCUCGGCGACAAAAGAAAAAAGAAAAAUUCUUUUGUGUGAAACAAAGAAGCUGCUGUGACCUUGCUAAUUGUUCAUAUUCCUGGGUAGCAGAAACACUUAAAUGGUGACUUGUGUGAAGACAGACACUGUUGUUUUUCUCGUCAAGGGUAUGACACAGUGAACCGUAUCACCAAUUACGUGAGAGUGCAGGCACUUAUAACCGCUCAGACUACUCUAUAAAGAGUAUCCAUCAUUCUGGAUGUUGUAGAACUGUAGGACAGGAGUCUACAAAAUAAGAGGAGUUUGGGGAAAAUGGCCUGUGAAUUUAAUCUAAACUUCCUUAAGGAAUUGGAACGAGAGGCUGUUCUGGAAGUCCUGUACCGUGACCAGAUGGUGAGAGAGACAGAGGAGGAAAGAAUAAGGAAACUGAAACUGCAGCUGCAGCAGCUUCGGUGGAAAGGGGCAAGAAAUGCAAGCCAUGAGUACCAGGAGAGAUCUUGUGCUCGCUGUCAGAAAUCGCUUGGGUUACUGAUGAACAGAGGUGCAGUGUGCAAUGGGUGCAGUCAUCGAGUGUGCUCUGAAUGCCGUGUUUGCCUGAAUCCCUGCCUUUGGAAAUGUACUGUUUGUUAUGCUCAUGGAGAUGUGAAAGUAAAGGCUGGCGAAUGGUUCUUUGAGGAACGAGCAAAGAAAUAUCCAGGUGAAGGCAGACAUGAAACAGUUGGUGCAAAGCUCUUGAAAUCUUAUCAGAAACUGAGUAAAAUUUCUGUCGUACCUCCAACUCCACCUCCUUUCACAGAAUCCAGAGCAGGAAGCAAUGUGACGGUAAAUGAACUUGGUCAGUCUAAAAGUUUUAAUAAAUCUGUGGAAAACUUGUUUCUGUCUCUCACAACGCAUAUAAAAAAAAUCUCUAAGUCCCAGAAUGAUAUGGCUGACAGACGUCUCCUAACUGCAGAUCAUGGGCAGAAUGUGGAAAGAAGGAAGCAAAGAAGGAGCCAGUCUGACACUGCCAUCAACAUUACAAGCAGGAUGAAAAGUACACCUAGUCUUCAGCAGCUCGUUACUGGGGCCCAAAAUGACAGUGAAAUUCUGACCAAAAGGAAUUGCAAGGAAGAAGACGACGUAAUAACCAGUCCUACAAGUGAUGCAGUUUUCUGUGAUGGCAAAAAACAUGGGAGUUUGUAUAGUCUUAACAGCACUUGCACCGAGUCUGGAAAUUUUGGCAAAGCUAAUGUCACAGGAGAAAUAGAGUUUGCCAUGAGAUAUGUCUUCAAAGCUUGCAUCUUAGAAAUUUGUAUCAAGAGAUGCAAGAACCUGGCUUAUGGAGAAGAGAAGAAGAAAAAGUGUAACCCGUAUGUUAAGGUUUAUUUACUUCCUGAUAAAUCUCCUCGGGGUAAGCGGAAGACAACCGUCAAAAAGAGAACAGUGGAUCCGGAAUUUGAUGAGACUUUGAAGUACAAGAUUGAAUACUCCCAGCUGGGAAGUCGGCAGCUUCAGAUCUCUGUGUGGCAUGCAGGAGCACUCAAAUACAGGGUGUUUUUGGGGGAAGUGGUGAUUCCACUGGCAGCGUGGGAUUUUCAAGAGGACUCAAUGCAGUUGUUCAGCUGGUACCAGCUCAAGCCCAAGCUUGAAAAGCCUGAAGAUGAUCUUAUCCAGUACAGUGGUGAACUCCUUGUGUCUGCAAGACUGUCGGCACCUGCUCAGUAUAAAAAUUCCCAGUUUGAAGGAAAAAAGGACCAAGGUGUUCCCAGCUGCCAGCUUCAGGUGAUGAUAACUGCGGCCAAGAACUUGCCCGUGCCAAGAUCUGCUGGAAUGCCGAACCCAUUUGUUAAAGGUUGUCUUAUCCUUCCAGACCAACCAGAGGUAAAGCAGAAGUCUCCUGUCUGGAAGAAAGAAGCCUGUCCCCAGUGGAAUCACUUGUUUGUCUUUGAUGGUGUGACCCCAGCUCAGCUGCAGCAGUCAUGUCUACACUUGACUGUCUGGGACCAGUCAACGUCCAGCUCAAGCGAUCAGUUCCUAGGAGGAGCUACACUUGGUGCAAUGGAAUUGUUUGGUCCUACAGCCCUUUCUCAGUCAGUGCUCCAAUGGCAGGAAGUGCUCUGCAGCCCAAACACGUGGAUGGACUUUACACUUGUUCUGCAAUCAAGCAAGGAAAAUUUUAAAUCAUGAGAGAUGACUGCACAACAGCUUUCCCCAUGUAUGAAGCUUUCAGUUCAAGUUGCAUUAGGCUUUUGGGUCUGAGGAAGUACACUGCGACUGUACCUACUCCAGCAUUUGUGGAAUAUAGAGUUAUACAUUUGAAAGUG